AACACUCCACUCUCCACGUUUGGCACAUUGCGGUUAGGCGAAACUCUUAAAAUUCUCGUGCAUAAUCAUUCGAUAAAAAAACCUAUUAAACUCCGCAAUAAAUUCUCCAGUACUCUCAUUACAAACUACUGUCUAAAAUAGUCCCAAAUUCUCGGUGAAUAAGCAUCCAAAAAACGUGAAGAAAAAUAAUACAGUGACAGCAUAGAUUAACCAGUGAGUAGUUGGGCAAGUGGAGUAUACCGGACAGUUAGUCACACCGAAAAACGCAUGACGUAAUUGUAUUGAUCGGCGUUAGGGAAACCUCGAGGUGGGAAUAAGGAGUAGUGGGGGAAAAUACAGAAGGUGGCUCAACGAAAGUCGCGCAUUCGCCAAGCCAUUCGCCAUCUUGGACGAGGAAAUUUUAGUGGUGUGAUUAUUGUAAAGGAUAUAAUUUCAUUGGAACGAGGCAUCGAGAGAGUUUAUUCUGUGAUCGAGGGAUAUUUGUUUUGUGUUAUUGUAAUUCCUGGCGAAUCGGUUUAUUAGGUUCUUUUUUUUUAUUUGGAUUGAAAUCCGUUUGUCAAAUAGUAACCCAUUUGGACGGACCAAGACAAAGGGUUCGUUCGUUGGGUCUGAGUCGUACUAAAUGGUUGCCUGCAGACAGCAUGUCUACUCUGUCGGGGAUUGUGUCGAAGGGGGAGAAAGGAAAAUCAAAGUUUCAAUCUCUAGAUAUCAAUAGCUUGUACCGGGUCAGCAGGGGAGAAUCUUUGGAGCAGCACCAGCAGAAAAGCACAUUACCACGCAAACAUGGAAUGCAGAGUUUGGGAAAGGUGCCUUCGGCACGGCGUCCACCCGCUAACUUGCCUAGUUUAAAAAGUGAAUACAGCAGCAGUGAUCCAGCUGUCAGUCUUGUACCCAGCGGUGGAAGCGGUUGGGCAACUACCAAGGAACCAGCAUCAUCAACUACUACUACCUCUACAAACUCUCCAUCAGCCCAAUCAUCCGACAAUUUAACCAGCAAUUCAUCGCCUACACAAUGUGUGGCUGCAACAACUCCCGCAUCGACGCCAUCGCAAGAUCCGUCACUGCCAGGUCAACAGCAGAAUACGUCUCAGUCUCCACAUCCAUCAGAAGUAGGAGGAAAAUCAUCAUGGAGUGCAAUUAUGACAAGACCCGGAGAAUUCGGUACACCCGGCGUUUCAACUGCGGUUGGUUAUGCGGGUCUCGUAGGGGGCGGGAGAACGGGAAGAGGUACCCUAGGACUGAGUUUCCUCGCACACCAGUCCCCGCAGUUCCAACACGAGUUUCCCAGUCUCAGUGGACAGCCCUCGGUCUCCACUCAGAGCCAGACACAGCAUACCUCAACAGCAUCAAAUGCAAUAUCUGUAAAUGCCCAGCAUCAGUUGCUACCGCAACAGUCGUAUUCCCACAAUCAUGCAGGAGGUGCGUCGGCUGGCCAACAGCAGCAACAGUCGCAACAAAAUCGGGAGCUGAACGCACAGUACGGCCCUGGUCCGAGCCUACGUCCACAAACAGAAGGAAGCUGGAUCCAAGGUGGAAGUCGCACACCUGGCUCUACCGUAUCCCCUGGUACAGGAAAUGGAAAUACACAAGUGGCCCAGGUCCCCCAGAUAGGCAGUAUAGCUGGAAUAACAGGUGUACCCCUGCAAUCAUCCCACCAAGACGUAUCACCUGGCAUUCGUGCCAACUUGGGCCAAUCUCCGGUCACGGUAUCGGCCCAGGCAGGCCAGGCUCAAUCGACAACACCCCAAAAUCAAACUACCCAGGGUGGACAAAAUCUUCAUCACUAUCGUGGACUGAUACCCCAAUUCAUGUGCCGUGGAAAUUUUCCACCCGGUGGUUUCCCCUCACAAUUUCCAUCUAACGUUAGUACCAGUGGACCACGUCCACGUUUCAAUAAUUCCAAUGAACGACCUGGCCAAAUGGGCCCACGUCCUGGUGAACGUGAUCGUCCACAGCACGACGAAGAGGUUAUAAGUCGUCCAAUAAUCAAGGAGGAGGAUCUCACUAGAAUGGAUGACAUAUCACACGAGCCAGGUUGGGCAGCACACGAUGAUAUUGAUUACAAUCAGAAAUUAGCAUUCAGCGAUGAUGAGCCUGAGACAGAGGCCCCAUUACCCAAAAAAGAGGAUAGAAAAGAAGCCAGAAAAGACGAUAUAAAGGAUGAUAAACCAGUGACUGAUACUGGUGGUUCAUCUGUUCACGAUGACAAGGAAUCACCCCGUCCUAGGGACAAUCGUGAUUCCAAGGACAAUCGUGACAUGUCUUAUCGUCCCUGGCAACAGCCACAGACACGUAACGACUAUCGUGCAUCAUCAAAUGGACCCAAUAUGACUGCAAUGAGGGAUAACUACAGCACUGGUGGUAACCAAUCCCAGCCACGUCCCCAUCCUCUCCGAGGUGUCGAAGAGGAGGAGAUAUGGAAUCAGAGACGCAAGGAGCAGGGGGAGAAGUUGGCAUCAGCUGUUGAGCGUGCACGUCAACGUAAAGAGGAAGAGGAAAAGCGUUUUCAGGAGCAGACUAAACAGGCAGCUGCCAAGAAGCUCCAAGAUCUUGAGAAUAAAAUGAAACAGAAUAAAGCAAAGAUCGAGGAGGAUCCACCAGCGGCAGAGCCGAAGGGAUUGAUAACAGUUCCACCAGUACCAAUUCCAGUUCCUGAAUGGGAGAGAGAGCGUGAGAAUCGUGAACGUGAGAACCGAGAACGUUCUCGCACCUCAUCAGAGGGAAAGGAGGACAAGCAGCCGAUGGGCCGAGAUACUAGGGAGGAUUUUUCCACAAGGACAAACUUUAUGAGACCGGAUAUAACGAGAGCUGAUCGAGAGCGUGAACGUGACAGGGAUCAGCGUGAGCAAAGAGACAACAGGGAACGCGAUCAGCCCGCAUUUUCACGUAAAUUCCAGAGCAAUUUGCCACCUCGUUUCCAGAAACAACAGGCAGAGAGGGGAUCCUCGACAUACAACAGAGUAUCACCGCCGAGUGCUGACAGGACUUUGUCAUCACCAAAUGUCACAAAUGUUCCAUUCUCCCAACAGUAUGAUCCAGGCAGAUGGUCAUCAUCAGGGAAUAUAAAGUCUCACAUGGGCCUAGGGCCUCGAAGAAAUCGUGCUGACUCUGAUCAUGGUUUGUCCAGCCCCCUGGAGGAAGAUCCAAGACCACCAUCGAGGGAUCAUAUCCCUCAUGGCAGUCACAGCUCUCAUGGACGACGUGAUGAUCGUUUCAGACCUCCAAUGCAUCAUCUCUUUGACUCGCGAAAAUCCGGCUAUCACGAUGAUUAUCGUGGAUACAAGAAUGAUCACGAGGAGAGACAUGGUCGUGAGUUUUGGGAGCGUGACAGGGAUCGUAUGUAUGAAGAUAAGAUGAGGGAUGUACGCCCUAGGGAUUCUAGAGAUUUUCGAGAGAGAGAUUCGGAUAUUCGUGAUGUCAAGGAUAAAGAUCGUCCGCGUGAAAAGGAUUACGAUAAACCCAGAGAUUUUGAGGCUUCGAAGGAUUACGAUUGGAAGUCACCAGCUACUGAUGAUGAUUGUGAGAGAUUUGAGACAAAUGAUUGGUCAGCAGAGGGUCGAAGGAGUGAUGAGAGGAUAGAUCGUCGUGACAGAGACGAGAGGAUUGAGAGAAAUGAGAGGCCACAACGCCCAGACUCCAGGGACUCUCGUGCAUCGAGGGAAUCCAGGACGUCACUUCGUGAUGAUGAUCAUAAGAGGGAGACAUCCUCGUGGGCUCACGAGAUGUCGGAUUAUGAGGAGAAAAGGUGGGAGAGGGAGGACUACAGGGAGCGCGAGAGGGACAGGCGUGCACCACCUGGACCGAUAACCAGGGAGAAACUCCAGGCUGAUGAUUUGAAAGCUGAGAAGCGUCAGCUGACGCAGUUGAAGAGGCUUGAUCAUCAGGAGAAAAAGGAGAUUCCCAAGGAGGACAUUAAAAAAGAUAAAGAGCCUGAUGUGUGGAAUAGGAAGCUUGAGAGAACACCUGAAAUACCCAGGGGAAGUGAGCGUGAAGGAUUGAAUUGUGCUUGGGCUGAUGCUGUCUCUCCUACAUUUGAGAAGGAGGAUGAUAAAGUAGCCGAUACCCUGAAUAAAGAUGAGAAGGAACCUGAGGAAGAGCUGAAGGAGAACAUGGAUAAAUUAGCCAUCGAUAAACGAGAAGAACUGGACUCUCACAAAGACGAGUUAAAGGACGAUAAACGCGAUAAGAAUAUUCGCAACAGAACAAAUAGUGGCAGUGGCUCGAGCUCCAGGGGACGUGAGACACGAGGUGGUCGUACCUGGGGUGGAUACAACAUGUACUCCAGAUGGAGGGGACCAGAAUCCCGUGGUAGACGUGGUACUGGUUCACGAUCAAUGGGACGUCCUGGAUCAGCGAAGAGUGGAUCUUAUGGGGUUCAUACUGACUCCGAUAUCAGUGGUGAUGAGAUUUCAGGGUGUGUUGAGUCGGGAAAGGAGGACAGAAGGCCCACAGGAUCAAGUAAAACAAUUGAUGCGCAGAAAUCUGAUAAAGACGAGCGCAACAGGGAAGUGACAAGACGGGAGGAAAAACGAAGUGGAGAUUAUGGAACAAAUGUUCAGGUACGUUCAGGGGUUGAUAAACGUCCUAACUAUGAGACACGUCCACGUGAAGGUUUUGCCCCCUCAGGGGAGCCAUCAAGACGUGGUAGAGGAGGUGCUAGAGUCCGGGGAUCAACCCUUGGAGCUAGAAUGGAGGGAUAUGGACCUCCACCGAGUAAAAGCCCAUUCUCAUCAGAUCGAACUAAUGAUGAUAAACAGACAUCACCACCAGUACAACAGAAUACUUCAACUGAUAAUGACAACAGUAAUCAUAAUUCAUCAGAGUCCGCUGAUGAUAAAAUUAUUGCUAAGCAGCAAGCACUCACUGCUGGUAUCACUGGCAUGCCCGGACGACGAAAUAAAUCACCGAAUAAUCAGUCUAAUAAUCAGGCUAAUGCUAAUUCAGGGAUAAAGGGCCAGAAGAAGGAUGACAAGAGGACAAGGAGUGGCAGUAGAAGACGACGGGAGAAUAGAGACAGAAUUCGUUCGUCAGCUACGAAACAAAAUUCCUCGGAUGUUGGUAACGAGGAGUGGGAGACAACAUCUGAGAAUAGUGAGGAGCAUGGAGAUGAGCACAAGGACUCGCGGGGACAUAAGCCCUUUCCUGGACGUCAGGGCCACGGGCAGUCUGGGCCACAAUCAAGGCGAAAUGAUCAGAUGAAUAAUAGGGAUAAACCCAUGAAUAAACCAUCGAAUACUGCUCGUUCAGCUCCUGGCCAGGUCGACAAACGUCCACAAGGUAUAAGUGCUUUUCCCAAUCAACGAAAUCAUUUUCCAAUGAGUAUGCCACCUCAGGGUGCCUCUAUGCAACCACCAAACAAUCAGAAUGGAAGGCCGAGGAGUCAGGGGUCAGCCAACAGUCAGCAUUCAUCGUCGUCGAAAAGCACCAGUGGAAAGGAAACUACCGUUAACAGAGUCGAUGAGAUAAAACUGAAUGACGCUAAUUUGGUUGAUCAGGCGUUGAAGGACAUGGGAUGGAAAGGACAGAGUAAAGACAAGAAGCAGGUUGAUAUUGAUGGAGAGAUAAAUAAUUAUUUGUCACCUUCAGGGGGUGAUGAUGGUGGCAGCAAUAGCACUGAGGACAUGAAACUUGAUACUGAUGGCUUUCAGGAAGUCCGGUCGAAGAAGAAUCUGAAGGAUCCAUCGAGACAUGGACAGAAGGAUGAGACAAAACCACCAAGGAGAGAUAAGGAGAAGGAUAAGGAACGCGAUCGUUCCAAAUCAAAGUCAAAUGGACAACCAACUACCCAACAAGUUCAGAAUAUUCCUCCACUUCUUGGUCAGCCCAUUCCCCAGCCUACCAAUAUGCCACCUAAGGGCUUUGACAGGAAUUCCAGUCGUCAGAAAUUGGCUCCAAGAUUCCAGAAGCAAAAAUUGGCCAGACAACAGGCACAACAGCUGGGACAUCCCCAGGGUGAAGGGGGCAAUGGAGACACUAAGAUUAAUAAUUCUUCUGGCCACAUGAAAGAUUCCAGUGGUACACCGGCACCACCGUCUGUCAAUGCCUGGGACAAGCCCUUCACCAGUCAGAUGAGAUCAAAUUCUCCCAAUUCAAACGUUCCAGCUGAUAUUCAAUUGAUGUCAGGUUUGACUGGAUCCAGUGAGCACUCUCACGAAGGCAAUGAUCAGGUGAAUAGCAGUGGUAGCAGUCAAAGAAAUUCUCCAAAUACUGAUAAAGCUCAGGGUAAAGGGAUGAAAGAAGUGAUUAGUGAUAAAAAUGUGUCAGACACUUCUUCACCACCUGUUCAAACCCUCAUCUUUGAAAAUACAAAUUACUCCAAAACGACUAAAACAUCAUCGGACAUGGCUAUUAAGUCCAAAUUCUCGAAUCACAUGAAACACAGUGGAUCUCAACAACGUCCUGAUAAGAGAGAUAUUGAGGAAGAUGGUAGUCAACUUCAACAACAACAGCAGGCACUGGCUGUUGCCUUUGCCAAUAAAUUAAAUGACCCAUUGAAAGAAAAACCAUCCCAGGAUCCCAUACAAAUGCCAUUGUCCUUCAAUAAAACAGAGGAUAAUGCUGAUAUGAAGCUGGACUUCACUUUUGAUGCUGAUCUCUCACAGUUAACUGAUGAUAAGAGUAAAGGCUCAUUGGGUAUGCCCAGAUCCAUGCAUAUGACCGGCGGACACAGUACAAUAUCCCCUUCAACAGCUGAACUUAACCUAAAAAUUGCUUCGGUUAAAAAAGUUUGGGAGAAUGCAGCAAUGCCAACCGUUGUUGAACAUGAGGAUGGCAGUGUUGUUUCAAAUGCCAACAGCUUUCCCCAGAGUUUUGAGGCAGCAGAUGUUGAUGAUUCUUACAGCCCACAUCAGCAGUACAAUCAAACGAGCAUGAAAAACGAAAUCACAACGUCGACCAAUGUUUGCAAGCUGGUUCCCCCGCAGGUGAAGCCGCAGCAGCAAUCAUCUGGGGGUGGUGGGGCACAGGCAAAUUCAACAGUACCAGGACCCAGUCCCAUUGGACCUGGACAGAGUCCCAUUGGUCAUCCACCAGCUAGCAUUCAGGCACCACUCAGUCCACCUCCAUUCAACUCUACUGGGCAGCCUUCACACAUGAAUUAUCAGGAAUUCCCACAAUAUCCAGGCUCCCAAGCAGCUCAAUAUGGCAGUAUGUCAGCUAUUCCAUCACCACCAGCAGUUCUAUUCAACACAGGAUCUGGACAAUUGCCAGCCCAAGCUGGUGGCUUAUACGGUGCAUUCCAAUUGGAUCAGAGUCGAUCGCCAUUCACUCAAUAUCCACCCUAUGCUCCAUCACUCCAGAGUUCAUUCAGUCAGCAGAAUGUGUACUUACAGCAAGCACCACCACCACCGCAUGCCCAAAAUCCACCAGCACCUGAUAUGUAUCAGAAUAAUUUGUCCGGAUAUCGUAUACCAACGGCUGCUGCACCACCAUUUGGACAGAAUCAACAACUCAGCAAUAAUCCUAAUACUGUUUUGAUCAGUUCUUCAUCAAAUUCACUCAUGUCAGCUAGUGUCAAACCGUCCUCACAGCCUAUUGGUGCUAUUGGCACUAAGGCACCACAUUUCCAGGCACAGUCGGCACCUCAGCCCAAUCAGUUGGCUUAUAUACCAUACGAUCCAAGUCAAGUGCUCGGUGUAAGUGGCAACUACAUGGGCAAUUCUCAGCUAGUACAGCGUCAAGGACCAAGUGUACAACCAUCGGCAAAUAGCUAUUAUAGCGCCACGUCCGCCGGUAAAACUAAUAUCUCUCUGUAUGUAUUUCCAGGCUCCCAGACUGGUUUCUAUCAACCAGGUGGUGCUGGCCAACAAACUGGUACUCCGUAUGGCCUUCAGGGAUUUGGACAGCAUAGCCAGAGUCUAGCAACACCUGGCAAUGCAACUCCUGUUGGGCUUCAGAACUUUAGUUCACAAUUUUUAUCUGGAUCUGGUCUGCAAAUAGCCGCAGCUGCUGCUGCACAACAAUUUCGCAAUCCCACUGGUGGGCUACCAGGACCAGCUAAUGCUGCAGCAACAUUUCUAAGCAAGCAUCAACAACAGGAACAACCGAGACAACUGAAGAGCCCAUCUGGCAAUCAACAGGAUGUUCUAGCAUCAGUGUUCAGUUCGACUCCACAAAUACCAUCACCCAAGUCAAGAAAUUGCAAACAACAAUCCCAAUCACAACAGCCACAACCAAGUCCAACACAACACCAUAAAUAUCCACCUUACCAAGGGGUCAGUCAGUCUGCUAUGGUAAGCGGCUAUAGUAACUAUUUGAUGCAACAGAAUGUUCGUGGAAUGGGAAUGCCACCCAGGGGUGGAAUUCAGCCCUCCCAGCAGCGGUAUCCACCGCCAAUUCAGAGGCCUGUGGUACCAUUUCCACCCGGGCCAAACCCAAAUAAUCCCAAUCAACAGCAGCAGAAUUGUAUGCCCAAUCAGCAGCAAAAUCAGAUGAAUCGUCACCGACCUAAUAUUCAUCAACAGCAGCAGAGGAACAUGAAGAUGCAGCAGCAAUAUUAUUCUGGGCAAGGUAACGUCAAAAUCGAUCAAACAGAUAAGAAUGACACUCACAACGACAAAAUCACAGAUUCAUCGUCUGGUAAUCAAUCAGGAGGAUCAAAAGUCAGUGUAACACAACAGGAAAUUGACACUAAAGAAGAGGUGAAUCAACAAACCGAUUAAAUAAUUCAAAUAAUCAACGAUUUCAAUCUUGAUAUUGUCAACCGGUUGAACAACAAAGAUACAAUGAAGAAUGACUAGUUAAAAACAUUAAUUUCCGUUGCACACUAGCUUUGAACGAUUGAUAAAAGAAAAGUUUUAUGAAACUCUAGAUGAAGUAGUUUGAUGCAAAAAACGUUUGAAGCGUGCAACAUUUUUCUUUUUUAUGUUAAGUAAAUAUUUCGCCCUCUGUAGGUGUAGAAUUCACGUUUAAUGGGAGUAAGUAAUGAGGGAAAGGCAAAGGCUAUGACCUAUCGAUAUUCUCCCUGCUCGACUGAGGUAAUGGAAACAUAUAAAAACACCAGUAACGCAAUAUUCAGGGGGGUAAGCACUUGAAAAUUCUCCUGAAAUCGUUAAUUCCAAUUCGAGAUUGAGAAUUCGAUUAAUAUAAAAAUAAAAACCACUGGAUUAUGACAUUUUGAUACAUGAGAAUUCGUGUCACACGAACACUGAUUUUUCCGCUCACUAGAGCAUUAAAAGUAAUGAUGAAAGAAAACCCUCGAAAAAAAAAAUGAUAAAUUAAAUGAUAAGUCACAAUCGCUGUCAAAUGUAAACUGUACACCGCUUUAUCGCAGCACUGAGGGGACCCUAAUUUUUUCCAAUAAAUGAAUGAUGAAAAAUCGUCUCCUCGUGUCUUAGCCAAUUUUCUCAAUUUGAAUUUAAAGUGAAAAAAAAAAACGGAUUGUGUUUACCGAGGACUCAUGAAAUUACGAUAAAACUCAAUGUCAGGGGUACAAUUGUAUAUUUUCCUGCUUUCAAUUGCAGUUGAAGCAUCAAUUAUAAUAUUUGAAUGAUACAAAAACAGUUAUUCGAAAGGAUACAAGAAAAAAAAUAAUGAUUACUGAUAAUAAUCUUAAUAAUAAUACUAUUAAAUAAUAAAUGCUAGUAUUUACAGAAAGAUACCGUCGUGUUGUUAGUUUCAUUGAGCGGAAGUUUAAAAAAAAUAUAUGAACAACGGUCACACGAGUAUAGGAGAAUGAGCGAGAGAGAGAGAGAGAAGAGUGAGUGGAGUGGUAAUUGUUGAAUGCACACGCAGGGCCAAGAAGGGGAAAAUAUAUUUGGCAUUGGUGAGAGAAAUGAAAUAUCCAUAAAACUUUUCACUUCAUGUAACUGCCAGUCGUGUUUGACGACAACUGAACAUUUUUCACGUCAUCGAUACGUGUCAGGGAGACAAUUGGGGAGGGAAAGCCUGAGUGUGGAAUUGCAUGUGCGAAAUGUCUUUUUUUGAGAAUCAGUUGAGGGGGAAGAAACUCAAAAUUUUAUUGUAAUACACGAUGUGAUCGUUUUGCUCGCCUAAGAAUUUACGUUAUUGUCUGAAUACUUUGAGGAUGCUCGAUGAGAGAAUUUUGAAGGAAAUAAAUCACGAUUUGAGUACAUAAAUGACGAAUUCUUGGGGUUGAGAGGGAAUGAUUCAGAGAUCAUUUGGUGAUGGAGUGGAUGAAGGUACCAGUGCCUUCGACACGCUGCUGCACAAAAACGAAUUAAAAUAUUGGGGCGGGGGAGGGAUAAUUUUAGGGACUUACUGAUGCGUGGAGUUCACAUUCUGAAUUUAAUGACGGCUCUUUCAUUCAAUAAGUGACUUUCGGGGCGGAAAAAUUGUCGGCAUUUCUGGGGACGUUAGGUUUAAUUGGGGACAAUGUUAAUUAAUAUAUUGACAUUAUUUUUCACGAUGCUCUACGGUAAUAUCACUAAUACACUCGGGUUAUCUUGAUUUUUACUUGAGAAAAUCUGAUUCACUCACAUGAUUAGUCGGAGCUGCGAAUAGUAAAAUGCAGGAGUUGAGGGGAUUAGAAUAAUUUAAGGGUCUAGAGGGAAAUGCAGAGGAUACGGGAAUGAUAAUUCAGGUUUUAGGGUUGGGAGUGGGCCUCUGUCGAUUGAACGGCAAUUUAUUCAGCAAUUUUUGGAUGGAGGAGACUGGCAGAGCCAGUUUGUGGACAUUUUGUUUACGUUUUGAUACUUUUUUUCUUUUUUAUUUUCAAGACUGAAUUUCGCGGGAGUGUUGGAAGACUUUUCCAGACAUUUUACUCGAAGUAAAUGAUUGAUUAAAAUAAUGGUUUGAAAUUUUUUUUACUCGGUCGCAAACAGUAUCUUGGACAAUCGACUGCUGGACAGAGCGAUUCUUCGCUUGUAUUCCAGAUGUUUAGUUAAUUGAGGAAUCAGUUUUUUUUCUUGAUUAAAUUAGAGGUGAAUCCCUGCUCUUGACGCCCGAAAAUUAAUGGAAAGCCUCAGAAUUUUUGUCUUAUUAAUUAGUGACAUAAUGACGCCACUUACAUGUUUAUUUGAUGAAUAAAUAAUCACAUGCAGAGAUACAAUUUUUUUUUAAUUUGAUAAAUUUUAAGCGACGACGCAUCCCUCCAAGAAAUUCAUUAUUUGAUAGUAAAAAUCAUUGUCGAUGAAGAAACACUGGAUAUAAAUCACAAUCGCUAACUAAUUUGUAAUUUUUCACCUUUAACGAGAGAACGGUAAACAAUAACCGGGGGUUUGGGGUGGGCGUGAGGUUCUGUUAAUUGAACAAGGAUUCAUUGAGAAGCUCUCGAUGAAGGGGCUGGUAGAGCCAGUGCGUGGAUUUUAUUUGGGUUCCGAUGGUUUUUCCUUUUUAUUUUUAAGACUGAAUUUCACAUGAGUGUUGGAACACUUGUCCAGACAUUCAGCGCGAAUUAAACGAUAAAUGAAAAUAAUUGUUUGAAAUUUUUCAUUCGUUUGAAGACACUUUUUGAACGAAAGACUGCUGGACAGAGAGAUUCUUCGCUUUUAUUCCAAGCGUUUAGGUAAACGAGAAAAGAGUUAAUUUAUUUCUCUUGAUUAAGCUGCAGAUGAAUCCUUGUUCUCGACCCCCCAGAAAAUAAUACAGCCUCCGAAUUUGACCUGUCUUGUUAGUUAGGUACACGACGAGAGCAACUUGAACGUUCAUAUGGCAAAGAAAUUGCAAUGAAAUUUUUUUAUUCGGCGAUAAGAUUUUUUUUCAAUUCAAUAAAUUUUAAGGUAUGACAUCCCUCUGAGAAAUUCAUUAUCUGAUAACGAGAAUCAUUGUUGUUUACUAAGAACUGGAAAUGAAUUAUCUUUGGUAACUAAUGUACGAGUAAUUUUUCAAAUCUAAUGAAAAAAAAAAUGGGAAAAUGAAUUAUCGAUGAUUUUUGAUUUUGUGUGCGUGAUGUUAUUUAAUUUCUCCUUAUUCUGUCUCUUCAGGAUUUGAAUAAAGUGGAAAAAAAAUUAAUGUCGUUUACUUUGAAUGCAUUGCGAAUACGAUUAUUAUUUUUUGGAGACAAGGGAACGAGGAAAAUUAUGGAAAUUAUUGAUGGCUGAGUUUAUUGAAAUUUUAAUUGAAUUCAGGUGAUUUUUUUAAACAACGAAUUGCUUGAUUUUUUUUACAACUCGUGUAAUUUUCCUCGUUGAUUAUACUCCACCAACCUCAUCUAAGACUGUCAAUCCCCUUGGCUGUUUUAAACAAACAAAAUGAUAAAGAGUAAUGAUAACUUUUUGAGGAAUAGUUAAAUAUGUAUGUAUAAUGUACAGAAAAUGAAUUUUGGCACUUGUUAAUUAGUGUCCGACUUAUCAAACUGUAAUUCCUUAAUUUAGCUUUGUAACAUAGCAAAAAAUGUUGCACUAAUGUUUAAAAAUACGAUAAGAAUCGCAUUCGCAAUGACACUUUAUGAUAAUCACGUAUGAAAGAUAAUGUUUUAGUGAAUGAUCUGAGAGAUGUUUAAUUAAUUAUUCUUUUCGUGAUUCAACAAUUGAUAUGAAAAAUUAAAUAAAUGUAAAGUGAAAUUUGAAUGAUGCUGAUGAAAUCUCAACUGGAACACCCGCAAAAUGAAACGCCAAAUACGGGUCUUUCUUAUGUUUGUAUUAACAAUCGCUACAAUGAUUUCUGUAUCGACGAGAAAUAAAUGGAUAAAACGAGGAUAUAAAUAUGCAAAUUAGGGAGGAGUCAACUGUUCUCACUGCAUAUGUUUAGAAAGUACGUGAUUAUGAGGUAAUGCGGGAGGACUGUGGAGAUACUAAAAUACCAAUUUGACGAUACACUCGGACAUGAUACGGAGGUAAUAAAAUUCAUUGCUAUACAGUC